AUGAAUCAUAUUACAAAAGAUAACCUUAUCAAUCUGAACUCAAAACUAACCGAUGAAAAUUACAGACUAACUUUGCUUGUAUACAUUCAGCGGUAAUUAAACCUGGCAGCAGUUUAAAUAAACUAAACUUAAUAAUUAAAAGAAAGAUUAGAAAUUGUCUAAUUAGAAUUAAUAUAACUAAAAAGGGAUAAUCAAACCUAGAAGAACAGUUAUAUAAUAGUUUAUCAUCCUGAUGAAGAACAGAUUUUAAAAAAAGUGAUAGAAAAUGUGAGAACAGAGUAUGAAUAAAACUAUAAGUUUUACAGAAAGAGAAUAAAAAAGACUUAAAAAGAUAAGGAGUAAUAGAAUAAAACAGAUUAAUAACUUUGAAACCAAUCUCUCUAAAUUAAUUGAAUUAAGUGUUGAAUUAAUAAUAAGUUGGAUAGGUUUUGGAUAAUAACCAUCUUCUCUGAACUCAUCAAUGAUAGCUCCAAAUGUGUUGAUAAAGUCGAUAUAAUAACCUAAUCUAACAAUUGAGUCAAAGCAGUGGAGAAGAGUAGACUUUUCGAGCAACUCAGUACUCAAUUUUUUACAUGUUAGAACAAUUAGAUUGCCAAAUUUGUAAUCCAAAGAAGUUAGAUAACCAAAAAGCAAUAUUCAAAAAAUAAUUUAGAGCUAUUCCUUUUAUUUAAAGUAUUAAUUAGAUCAAAUGAAAUAUAAAAUAAACAAACUAUUAUUAUUUUAAUUCUAUGGAUUGAUUAAUAUUCAUUAAUUUUAUUUUUAAAACUUAAAUCCAUAAUUAUUAUAUAUGCAAAUCUACCAAGUACUUCUUGUAAAUCAAAGACCCAAGUAACUCAAAAAUGA